CGUGUUUACUUUCUGCAACGUCAACGCUACUGUUUUAUAUAUAAGACCUCCCAACAUAGAGAUAGUGCCAUCUUACAGCUACGACACAACCUGCAAGGCAAAAUGAACGCCAAACUGAUCUGUGCACUCCUCGCGGGAGCUGUUAUGCUAGUGUCUGUCUGCACAGCAGAGGACAACAGGCUAAAAAGGCAUUACAGCCACCAUGGAAGCUACAGGCGGCCACCAUACAACAGAUAUCCCUACCCCGGCCGCAAUCCGGGCACCAACAACCCAGGCACUAACAACCCUGCUGUUGGCCUUCCCAUUGGUCAACCAACAACCGUCAACCAGCCAGCCCAAGGUCCAGUCACCAUCAACUUGACCGCUCAGCAGGCUCAGCUUUUGCGAUCUAUCCUUGCGCUUCUUGGGAAUGCAGGAGCAGCACCAGCAGGCAAAUAAACAGAAGGCUCACCUGAAGGAAUUCUUGGAUUUAGGACCACAGCUAUUUUGGCCAUAACGUUGAUGACGUCAAAGUUUCACUCCUACUGCAGAUUUGUUGAGCUCGAACGGUCAGCCGUGGAAAAAGCUGGACCUGGCAAUGAUCCUUGAAUAAAGCGAAUAAUCAUAACAUUUA